UCUUGUUUUAAUGUAAUGUACCUGUAUUUGAACCCGACGCGUUGUUACGUAAACUCGGCGUCACACGCCGCUGAGCUGCGUCGCCCGGAAGAGAGAAGCGUCGUCCUGCGUCCAUGUCCAAUGUUUACAUUCGCUGCAGACCCUCGAAAUGAAUCCCCCGAUGAUCAUCUCGACUAGCUCCGUUUCUACAACAAAAAGGAAACGAGAGGCAGAGCGCUCAGUCAACUGGACGGCCGAGGAAACUCAGGUGCUGCUGUGUGCAUGGAGCGACGAGCGCGUCCAGAAGAGCUUGGCGGAAAACCUCCGCAACCGGCACGUCUUCAAACACCUCUCAGCUCGCAUGAGCGAAAUGGGUUUCUGUCGGAGCCCUCACCAGUGCCGGCUCCGCGUGAAAACCCUGAAGGCUAACUACGUGAGAGCCAAACUGCAGAGAAACUUCGGCAGCUCGCAGCCCUGCAGUUUUAAAUACUUCGCAGAGAUGGACGCGGUGUUGGGCAGGAGGUCCGUGGGAGAGGACGGAGGGCUCCGCUUUAUUUCUGGAGAUGGGAUGGCCGAUCACCACUUUGACUCCAUGGACGGGAUGAGAAGCAUCGCCCUGGAUUUAAAUUCCAACGCAGAGGUUGGUGGACACCAUUUUGGUUCCUCGGAGAGUGAAGGGAGACAGCGGUUGAGCUCCCUAGAGGAGAGGACAGGCUGUCAUCUCGACUCCUCUGAGGUCAAGCUGGAGGACAGGCAGGAGUCAACGGAAGAGUUUGAAUUCAGUGACACGGGAUUUUCACCGCAUCCAAGAAACAGACACCAUAAGGUUUAUCUGGAAACAACCAUCCAUCCUGAAAGUAAUGGUACAAUAGUGGAAAAUGGCUUCAGCACUCCUUCACCACACGUAGCCGCAUCUCUACCCGCCGAUGCCGACGCUCUCCCUCCUCCCGUCGCCCAGCCCAUUGCCUCUCCUACUCCUUUGGUGCCUCCACACGAAAGCCCCAGCGACCUCCCCGCCACCGCUCGCCGUCUCCCCGAGUCCUCCUCCCUAGAACCUGCCCUGAAGCACCUUUCCGAGUGCUUCCAGCGGCUGGUGUCGGAGACCCGCGACCUGCUGGUGCAGCUGGAGAGUCAGAGGCACGACCACGCACGCUGGCACCAGGACCUCUUGGCUCAGUGGCUGCAGAGGGAGGAGCGCCAGCAAAGGGAGACGGCCGAGAGGGAGGAGAGGAGGGAGAAGGCUCGCAUGGAGCACGAGAUCAGAGUCUUGGAGCUCCUCGCCAGUCUGAGCAGACAACAGGGAUGCAGGUGCAGAGACAACCAGAACUUAUCCGAGGCACUGACUGCCCCAAGUCACACCACGAACAAAGACGGCCAUUAGGAUGCACUCACAUUAAUGCUUUUUUUUACAGUGAUUAACCCAAAGUGUGCAAUGGUAUUCAAGCUCAGGUGGAAAUAGACAACAGCACUGAUAAUGCAGAUAGCUUCAUUCUGUUCAACCUGAUUUUUCUUUAACCCCCGAGUGGUUUGGAGUGAGAUUUUGAUGGAGCCCAAUACAAGAAAUUGCACUUAAAAUGUCUGGUAGUGAUGCCUUAACAUUAACUGUGAUGUUUCCAUUUUAUCUCGUGUUCUUCAUUUUCUCCCUAAUAGAAGGAAUGGUUUAACCAUUUAAAGUGAUCUGUAUGUGCAGCUUGAAUCUUUAUGCAAUGUACUGAGUUAAUUCAGGUAGCCUGUCUGAUGUUUCUCAUAAUAGGCUUUGCUACAGGGCCAUUUGAAGUAAUGUAACUUAACUGUAGGAGCUGAUCAUACGCUUCUUUAUUAUCUUCAAUCUCUUCUGUGACUGCAUGUUAACAGCCAUACCCUAAAACACACUAACCGACAAGUAUACGGAUGGAACUGCACAACACUACUGUGAAUAAGAAAGUGAUAGUUGGCCGAUGCCCAGAAAGUUUAAGAGAAGAAUUUACAGUUAAUUUGUAGAUGGGGGAUUUCCCCUUUUCUUUGUUCCUGAGUUUCUCAGGAGAGGGAGUUUUUCUGUGUCAGCUGAUUAUCCAAAAUAAAAGUUUCAUGUACUUUUUGUAUAUAUAUAUCUAUAUAUAUAUGAAUAAAACAAAAUAUUUUCAACAA